AUGGCCACGGCUGCGAAAGAAAAUGGGUUGGGCGGAGCGGAGAGCUCCAGCUCAACGCCGUUGGCGACGCCCAUGACGACGCCGAUGUCGACGAGGUCGGUGAAGUGGGAAAGGGACGUCGAGGAGGCUGGCAUGCUGGAGCGGCCGCUGCUGCGGCAGCGCGGCACAAACACGACGUCGCAGAUGGCCAUCGUCGGCGCCAACACCUGCCCCAUUGAGAGCCUCGAUUACGAGGUUGUGGAGAAUGAUGUGUACAAACAAGACUGGAGAUCAAGGGGAAGACUUCAAAUCUUCCAGUACCAGGUCCUUAAAUGGGUCCUAGCACUAUUUGUAGGUUUAGUCGUUGGCCUAGUUGGAUUCUUCAACAACAUUGCUGUCGAAAACAUCGCCGGUUUUAAGCUGCUCCUGACGAGCAAUCUCAUGCUCCACAACAGGUACAUGGCAGCGUUUGUAGUAUACAUUGGUUGCAAUGCAAUUUUGGCCGCUGCGGCUGCGGCAUUGUGCGCUUACAUUGCCCCAGCAGCAGCCGGUUCUGGCAUACCUGAGGUGAAGGCUUAUCUGAAUGGCAUAGAUGCGCACUCUGUCUUAGCGCCCAGUACCCUCUUUGUGAAGAUUUUUGGCUCAAUAUUUGGGGUGUCUGCCGGGUUUGUGCUGGGCAAGGAAGGGCCUAUGGUGCACACCGGAGCUUGCGUUGCCUCCUUGCUCGGGCAAGGCGGGUCACGGAAGUAUGGCCUCACUUGGAACUGGAUCAGGUACUUCAAGAAUGAUCUUGACCGCAGGGACCUCAUCACCUGCGGGGCUGCAGCCGGCGUCACGGCAGCCUUCCGUGCCCCAGUCGGCGGUGUGCUCUUUGCGCUUGAAGAAGUAACAUCUUGGUGGCGGAGCGCGCUUCUCUGGAGGACAUUCUCAACUACUGCGGUGGUGGCAAUGGUGCUACGGACGCUAAUCGACUACUGUCACGGCGGCCACUGUGGCCUUUUUGGCAAAGGAGGGCUGAUCAUGUUCGAUCUCAGUUCACGGCAAGCGACGUACACUGCCACGGACCUCGCCGCGGUCAUACUGCUUGGUAUCCUCGGCGGGCUGCUCGGUGCCCUUUUCAACUUCCUCGUCGACCGGAUCCUUCGCAUAUAUAGCAUCGUCAACGAGAAAGGCUCGUGCUAUAAGAUCGUCUUGACGGUGACCAUUUCAGUGAUCACCUCGUGCUGCUCCUUUGGCCUGCCGUGGCUGAUGACGUGUAUCCCCUGCCCGGCCGAUCUCGUCGGAAAGUGCCCAACCAUCGGCCGCUCCGGUAACUUCAAGAAUUUCCAGUGCCCCGCAGGGCACUACAACUCGUUGGCGUCCCUCUUCCUCAAUACCAACGACGACGCCAUCCGCAACCUCUUCAGCGCUGGCACCGACAGCGAGUUCGGCGUGUCCACGCUCCUCACUUUCUUCACAGCCGUCUACACCCUCGGCCUGCUCACAUACGGCGUGGCCGUGCCGUCCGGCCUCUUCAUCCCUGUCAUCCUCUCUGGUGCCUCGUUCGGCCGGCUGGUCGGCACGCUGCUGGGCUCGUUGAGCGGCCUCGACACAGGCCUCUUCGCGCUGCUCGGCGCGGCAUCCUUUGCCGGCGGGACCAUGCGGAUGACGGUGUCGAUGUGCGUCAUCCUCCUGGAGCUCACCAACGACCUCCUCCUGCUGCCACUCAUCAUGCUCGUGCUGCUCAUCGCCAAGACGGUGGCAGACUGUUUCAACAAGGGGGUGUACGAGCAGAUCGUGCGCAUGAAGGGGCUCCCCUACCUGGAGGCGCACGCGGAGCCGUGCAUGCGGAGCCUGGUGGCCGGCGACGUCGUGUCCGGCCCACUCAUCACCUUCUCCAGCGUCGAGCGCGUCGGCACCGUGGUGGACACGCUACGGUGCACCGGCCACAACGGGUUCCCGGUGAUCGAGGACCAGCCCUUCGCGCCGGCGCCAGAGCUUUGCGGCCUCGUGCUACGCUCCCACCUGCUAGUGCUGCUACAGGGCAGGAUCUUCACCAGGGACCGCGUCAAGACCGGCGCCGCCGAAGUGUUCCACAGGCUCGCACAGCUCGACUUCGCCAAGGCCGGGUCGGGCAAGGGCCUCAAGGUCGACGACCUGGACCUCCCCGAGGAGGAGAUGGACAUGUACGUGGACCUCCACCCCAUCACCAACCGGUCGCCGUACGCCGUCGUGGAGAACAUGUCGCUGGCGAAGGCGGCCGUGCUGUUCCGCGACCUCGGGCUCCGCCACAUGUGCGUCGUGCCGAGGACGCAGGGGAGGCCGCCGGUUGUCGGGAUCCUGACGCGGCACGACUUCAUGCCGCAGUACAUCCGCGGGCUGUUCCCGGACGACCUCCCCCGGUAG